AUGUUGGGAGAUGACCACAGUGCGGCAGACAUGGAGUUUGCUCCCAACUCAGCCCAUUCCAGCUGGGGAACGUCCCCGGCGAGAAUACCAGCCCUCUUCCACGCGUGCCGCGAAUCGAGACAAGAGGCCAUACGAUACUACGGCAAGUUAAGAUUCGGUAUGGCCGGGCCGCCAAAAAUUUACUUUAAUCCCGAAAUCGACGUUUUACACUUUGGUCCAGUGAGGGGGUUCAUGGCGUCAUCGGCGCAAUAUUUUACUGCCAUGUCCAUGUGCGACCCGUCCGACUUGAGAGACGUCCGCUAUUUGGCUAUCGACGACUCUGUGAUGAGCAAUGGAAUCGUCAAGGGUGCAGUGUCUUCACUGGCUACGCGGACCAUUCGUCAACUUCCACUGCGCAUGCCUGAGCUGAAGGGAAUCGUGUUUGUGCGCAGCAAUGCUACGGCUGUGGUUUUUGGAAAAACUGAAAAGUAUUGUGUAGACCUUCAAAGGUUGAUCGAAAUCGCAGUGCGCGAAGUUGCCGAGGAGUUUCCGGACUGGAAAAUUCCUCCGUGGUGUACGGCAACGACAUGUACGAAUGGUAGCAAAUAG